AUGAGCGUAGCGCUUGAGGAGCUUGUCCAGGCCCUCACCCUUCUACAGCAGGCGAGUGCGCUAGAUGUGUCGGGUGAGAAUGAGAUGGCCAUAGAAAUGUAUAAUGCUGCCAUGGAGGAGUUAGACACUGUGGCCCCCUACCUACCCCCCGAACACGCUGAUGUAGUUAGGAGAAAUACAGGAGAAAUAAAGCGCCGAAUAGAUCUUAUCAAGAGGGAUCAAUGGAUUCAAGAGAGAAGAAGUGAAUUUCCGACCUUUCCUGUAGAGUAUGUACCACAGCCGGUGCCUGUUGAGGAGUUUAGGGUCCCGGUGGAUCCGACUUUUCGCGUUCUGUGGUUGAUGCGUCUGUUGCAGCGGUCAAUGCGGCAAGGUGCAUUUCUUGCGCCUGAUCUCUUUGUGGGGAAAGAUGUAUGGUAUCAAAAUGGGGGUGGUGCAGCCCUCAAGCAUACAGGUCCGAAAAUACGUUACUUUGCUUCUCUCUGUGAGGCACUGGAGUUACUGCGCGCGGUGGAGAACUUAGGCAAUGUUGAGGCUGCCACUAAAAGUCUGCAGAAAUACUUCAAAACAGCGGAGGAGUCGACAGUGACGUUAGAGACGGAUAUGGGAAUACGUGGGGAGGGGACAUCAUCGCGCUCUAAGCUGGAGCGGGGCGUUAGAGGUCUGUUCCACAAGGGACAACAGGUGCUUCGAACAUGGAUGAACCAGGAGUCAAAUAUAGAGCUGUUUAUUGUAUGGGCAGUGAAUACGCUUGAACAGGCACAACUGUUUGAAAAAUGGAUUAUAUUUUACUCGCAUCUCCCAAAUACACCAGCAGUCGUAGGUAUUCUUGAACUCUUGCAUCGCAUUGUUGCACUUCUCUACACCGGCCUGUGCAGUUUUCUUCUUCGUGAUAUGGCUAUUCUUGUGGAACGACACCAAGAAAAAUGUCGAAAGAGUGCUACCAGGUUGCUUCCAGUGACUGUAAAGUUGGAUGGUGCCUCUAGUUAG